AUGUUGGACAACAGAUGGGUUGUGCCUUAUAACCCAUACCUGCUGCGGAUGUUCAAUUGCCACAUCAACGUUGAGGUCUGCUCCAGCAUAAAGGCCGUCAAAUAUCUUUACAAGUACAUUUACAAGGGCCAUGAUAAAAGGCUUCUUUCAGCAUCGACCAUCCCGACGCCGAUGUUGCCUCUUCAUCUCCCGAAUAUGCACAGGGUCGCAUUCAAUGCGCAGGCUGACUUGAAGAAUGUUGUCGCCUCCGAAAAUAAUUCAAAGUCCAUGUUAACGGAGUAUUUCAAGGCUAACCAGGAACACCCUCGGGCUAGGCAUAUAUUGUACAAGGAUUUUCCCGGAAGCUUCACGUGGCAGAAGAAAAAGAAGUUUUGGAAGCCGCGGGUCGAGCGUUUUCAAAUAGGUCGCAUCGUGUCUGCCAAUCCUGCCGAGGGUGACCGAUACUACCCGCGUGUGUUGCUAAACCAUGUUACGGGCAAAACAUCCUUCGACGACUUGCUCACUGUGGACGGCGUUCUAUGUGGGAGCUUUAGAGAAGCUGCUGAAAGGUUGGGACUCAUCGAGGCAGACAACACGCUCGACAACUGUCUUACUAAGGCUGAGCAGUGGGCGAUGCCAUGUUCUCUUAGGAGGCUCUUCGCAACCAUCUUGGUGCACUGCGAGCCAAGCGACGUGCGUGGUUUAUGGGAUAGGCACCUCGAUCCUAUGUCAGAUGACUAUCGUCGAUCACGCACGUCCCCUAUCGAGGUGGAGCAGAUGGUGUUGCUUGACAUUAGGGGUAUGUUGCAGUCCAUGGGUAAAGACAUUGUUGAUUUCGCUCUUCCAAGCAUAGAUGAUGCGUUUGACCCAACCGAGGGUGAGGCAAGAGAGGUCAUCGAGGAAUCAACUGUUGAGUUUGACGUGGAUGAUACUAAAUUGGCAUCUUCCCUGAACUUGGAGCAGAGGGCCGCAUACGACGAGAUACUAGCGGCUGUUGAACGCGGUGAUGGGGGUGUAUUCUUUGUUGAUGGCCCUGGAGGUACAGGGAAGACCUUUCUAUACACAGGGCGAUGCUUGCCAAGGUGA